GCCCACUCCAGUACUCUUGCCUGGAAAAUCCCACGGACGGAGGAGCCUGGUAGGCUGCAGUCCAUGGGGUCGCUAGGAGUCGGACACGACUGAGCGACUUCAUUUUCACUUUUCACUUUCAUGCACUGGAGACGGAAAUGGCAACCCACUCCAGUGUUCUUGCCUGGACAAUCCUAGGGACGGGGGAGCCUGGUGGGCUGCUGUCUAUGGGGUCACACAGAGUCGGACACUACUGAAGCCACUUAGCAGCAGCAGCAGCAUGUUAAAAAACAUUAAUAUUUUAAAGAUGAAUAUUUAAAAUAUACCAUGAUUUUUAUUUCCCUCCUUUGCUAUUUCUUCACGUUUUAAGAUACUGGUAGGGGAAAAAAAAAAUGGAAGUGAGAAAGAAAGCAUUUCAUCAACACGUCAGAAUUAGUAACAACAACAUGGAAAAGGUGAGAUCAGAUUUAUGCAAAAAUGUUUCCUGGCCCUGAUGCAGGAAGCACGGAAAAUGGCCAGUGAUCAUGCAACAAAUAUGCUGAAUGAAGAGGUGAGUUACAAGAAAUCUAGCCAAUGAUACUCAUACAAUUAGAAGAAGAACCUGUCCAUCCAGAAGAGGGCAUUCAGGAUAGAAGCAGGAAAGGGAGUGUCUGAGGCAAAAAUAAGAGGAAAUCCUUUGAUCUCACACAUGUAGAGGCUGCCCUUAUUGGCAGACUGAGCCAGUUAUACAUGGAGAGAUAUUACCAGAGUCUGCUGCCAGUAGACACCCCAAUGAUACAUCCGGUCCUCAAUUCUGGGAAAGCUGCCCUGAUAUAUAUCCUAUGGGAUUGGAUGCUGUAAUCUCCCUGACCCCAGCACCUGGUCCCAAGUGGAAGUUACAGUUCUUAAGGAAAUAGAAACCCUAUCAUCCACUCAAAAACUCAGAUGAUAUUUAUUCUGAGAUACUGAAUGUUCUCUGGGCCCUGUGCAAAGCAAGUGUUUAAGCCUGCAAUAUGGUGACCCAAGUGAAGCGAAUUCACCAAGGCAACACCCUCCAAUCCCGAGUGGUUGGUUAGUAUCCCCCUUGUGCUCUUCCAUCCUCAGGAGUAGGUGAGGAGGUGGCUAGACAGGUAAGCACCUGCAGCCCUCGACCAUAACACAAAGGUGAAGAAGGAUAGUCUGACAGGGAAGCCACACAGAAAAGCAAAGACAAAUAAUCAUGCUGCUUCAAGAGGGAGGAGAUAUUCAGAGAGAGAAUACCGUGUGUUUCAUUACAUUCAUUCAUUCAUCCAACAAACAGUUACUGGGUUGGGUGCCUACCACAGCCUGUGUCAGAAUAUACUAGAAGCUGAGGUAUAAAGAUGCUUUAUGAAAUUAAAAGAUGCUUACUCCUUGGAAGAAAAGUUAUGACUAACCUAGACAGCCUAUUAUAAAGCAGAGACAUCACUUUGCCAACAAAGGUCCGUCUAGUUAAGGCUACAGUUUUUCCAGUAGUCAUGUAUGAAUGUGAGAGUUGGACUAUAAAGAAAGCUGAGCGCCGAAGAUUGAUGCUUUUGAACUGUGGUGUUGGAGAAGACUCUUGAGAGUCCCUUGGACUGCAAGGAGAUCCAACCAAUCCAUCCUAAAGGAAGUCAGUCCUUAAUGUCCAUUGGAAGGACUGAUGUUGAAGCUGAAACACCAAGACUUCGGCCACCUGAUGCGAAGAGCUGACUCAUUGGAAAAGACCCUGAUACUGGGAAAGAUGGAAGGCGGGAGAAGGAGACGACAGAGGAUGAGAUGGUUGGAUGGCAUCACUGACUCAAUGGACAUGAGUUUGGGUAAACUCUGGGAGUUGGUGAUGGACAGGGAGGUCUGGCGUGCUGCAUUCCAUGGGGUCACAAAGAGUUGGAGACACCUGAGCGACUGAACUGAACUGAGGUAUAAAGAGGCCUCUGCCCUCUAAGAAUAUCACCUUCUUUUGAAGUUUUUCUUCACAGUAGCCCAGAGUGGCUUAAAUAUUAGUAUGUUUAAAGUCUCUGAAAAUUGGGAUAUAGUUAGAUUGAAGGAUAAAUUAUCACUCAAAUGAUAAAUGAUAGUGUUUUCAACUCCUCAGUAAGGUGUAUUUUCCAUGGUGAUCCUGUGACUGCAUGGUCUCUUCUCUCCAGGGAAGCCUGUGAAAUCUUCACACAGCAACCAGAACCGCAGCUCCGGAGCUGCGCGGGCUCCACAGGAGCACUGGCGACCUCUGAGCCCAGGCGCUGCGUUCAGGUCUGCUCUUCGCUUACUUCAGAGACGAUGUCAGCACUCUAUGAUGCGGGAGCCUGAGAACAAUGCCCAGGGCAGCCUGGCCUCCUGCGUUCUUUUACUAAGUGGUUAGUUGCCUGCCCAGUAGACUGAGAGCACCUUCUGCCAAGGAAAUGUGAGAAGAGUUGAAAACGUGCUAUUUGGAGACUAUUCUCCUAGUAGACAUCCAGGAGAUCUCCAGAGAUCUAAUUCAUCCUCACUUCUCCACAGGUUGCUCAUUGGCUGAGACGGCGGGGGUCUGUGAGCGGGCUGCUCAUCGUGAUCUCCCCACAAGAAAGGACAGCAGAGCGCAAGGCCUCUUCAGAGGACUUCAUCAUGAAAAAGAGGAAGCCCAAACUGAAGUGAGUUAAAACUUUACCUCAAAGAGGAUUCUGGCUUGGCCCUGGAUUGAGGUUUAUACAUAAGCACAAUGAAGAAGAGUAACAGGAAAUCUCCCACAAGGAUCGACAAGCAAGAUGACAUCUGUGUCCCAGACUUCAAGGAUCCAGGAGAGCUUCAAAAUAUGUUGAAUGGAGGAGAAUAUGCCCCUUUUGUAUCUCCUCCCAUAUUAGAGAGCAAUUUUAUCCAGGUCAACAGAAGAGGUGAAUCCAUUUACCUUCAUAACCGAGCCAACUGGGUGACCGUAGGCAUCUGCGCUUCCAAUCCCACCAUCAAGACCCCUAACGUGAUGUUGCUGGCUCAUAUGACACCCACCACCCAGAAAGAUUCAGAAUCCCUGUUUAAAAGUCUCCUGACAUCUCCUUCUCCAGAAAAUCUGGUGCUUACCAGGUUUCUCCCUCUGCAGUUUGUGACUCUCUCUGUACAUGAUGCCGAGAAUAUGCGCAUCAAAGUCAAGCUGGUGAGUGGCCGAGCCUACUACCUACAGCUCUGUGCCCCUGCAGGCAAACAAGACUCCCUGUUCCAUCAGUGGGUAGAGCUCAUCUCCCUCUUGAAUGAGGAGAAAGCCAAAGCUUCCAAAGUGUCGGAAGUCUCCAGCCUCUCGGAAAUCACAAACAGCACAGACAUCACAGGCUCAGUGGACAUCAUGGAUAUAGCAGCCUUCCCGGCCAUACAGACCUCACACCUGUCCACGUGUUCAGACCCCAGCAAUGAUGUAGAAAGCAUUGAUUUCUCAGAAUUCACAGACAUCACUGAUGUCACCGACGUCACGGAUAUUCCAGAAAAUGAGGUCACCGAGGCCCCAGAUAUAAAUAUUGUCACAGAAGUCACGGAAGUCACAGACAUCUGUGAAGUCACAGCAAGCUCAGGGGUCAGAGUGGUGUUUGAAAAUGAUGACAUACUCAGGGCCAAGCAAGAGGAAAAGGAAAAAAUGGAAAACAUUCUGAAGUCUGGCUGUUUACGAGAUACAAAAAGCAAGAAUGAGUUUAGAGAAUCGUCAAAACAUGUCACCAUCUCAAACCUAACACUGACUUUCGAAGGUGAAAGAUGUUUUCAAACUACCUUGAUUCCAGAAGAAGAUGAGACAGACAAGUCCAAAGAGUUGAGCGACAGACCCCCCGAAAUAAAGACAGUGGCCUCUGAAAGCACAACUCUCAAGGCUGAAGAAUCCAGGAGCGGGAGAACUGAUUCAGACAUUUCAGAUAAAUGUAAACUAAUAAAUUAAAAGCAAGCACAGCUCAAGAAAUAACAAUUGAAGGAAAGGAAAACAAAGCAGCAUCUUUCAUGUGGCAGAAAUAAAGGCUACUACUAAUCAUUAAGCAUUUGAUCCAUGUCAAUCUUUCUUAAAUCUUAAUGAUUGUAACUGUGGAUAUUGAUUUUAAACUAAGUAGAAAACUAUAUAAUUCAUAAACUCAAUUUUUAUCUG